UUUUUAUAUGACACCGAACGAAUUUAACUUUAAAUUAAUUGGGUUUAAUAUGAUUUUUAAGAUAUUAAGAGGUAUUAAUAAAAAAAUUAAUAAAUAAAAUUGAAAAAAAAAAAGAAUUUAAAAAACCACUCCACCAUAGGUGGGCCUAUGGCGUCUGCAUUACCGAAAUUGAUGUCAAAUUUCUGUUCGAGUCAAGUUCCUCUCUCUUUAAAAUGGAGUAACCUUUUCACACCGUCUUUCCUCUUUUUCGUGAGUACUUGGAAAAAGCAGCGUAGGGUUUGGUCUCGACAAAGCCAAGAUUACGCUCAUCUUAUAAUCCUUUGUUUAAGUUUACUGUCUCCCGGCCAGCUCAACUCACCUGUUGCUGUUUUUGUCCUCAUCGUCAUUUUCUCCGGUAAUCUUGCUUCUUUUCAUGUCUUUUUCUUUUGUUCUAUGCUUUUCAAUAGUGGGUUCUGAUUUUCUGCAACACCCACUUGGUGGUUUUUGCUCUACUGCGGAUUUUUGGAGGAUGGGAUAUUGUUAGUGUGGAAAAGGGAAAUUAUUUGGCUUGGUUAAUCUUUUCGGGGGUGCUUCUAUUUGGAAACUUAGAUGUGAAGUUAUUUGGUGUUGAACAGACGAACAUGAUCGAAUUUAUUGUUUUCCAUCUGUAAUUCAUCAAUUGGGUAUUCUUAUUUUGUGGAAUUGGAGGCUAGUGGGUCUUCUUCUAUCCACUUUAUUAGCGGGGAUUCUGUGAUUUUGCUAGAGUUGCUUUGGUUCUGCCAGAUCGCGGCAUUCACUAUGUGCAUGCUUAUUGCUGUUGGUUUUAGCUCGUUUCCCUUUAGGUGCACAGAGUUUCAUUCCCAUGUGGAUGAUUGUUCGUAGCAGGUUUUGGUGUAGCUACUAGAUCAUUUCAUUUGAUGUGAAUUUGGGGAAGAGCAUUCUUAGGUUUGUGAUGGAGGAUAUAGGACUCUUCAACCAAGGAUGGAAAUGGCUGCAAUCUCAGAAACAUGGCUGUUUGAGAGUGAAAAGGGCGUUAGUAUGUAGCAGAGACAGGAUGGGGGUCCUUAUGGAGCGGCAUUGGCCGAUGGUGUGCAAUGGGUGUGUGAAAGUUGGCAGGUUCUCAUGCUUCUUGUUGAUUUAUUGGAAAGACUGUGUUGUGAGAGGUUUCCAGUCUACUUUAAAAUUGGAUUCUGCUUCAUUAUUUGUUAUAAUGUGGAGUUUCUUCCUUAGUUUGACUUCCAUGUCAUGCCUGGUUUAUGUGCUUCUCAGUAUGGUAAAUCUUCUAUACUUUCUAUCUUUUUAAUUUUAUUGGUUUUGCUAUUUGCUGCAUCAUCUGUGCUUAUAUUGCUUUAUUUGGUUAUUUAAUAUCUAGUUUUCUUUUUUAAUAAUCUUGAUAAGGAUCA